AUGCGGCCUGCCACCUUAAUAGCUACUAUUUUCCUGCCUUGGUGCCUGCCUUUCCCUGUACCCCCUGCUACAGACCGUAGAGGAUUGGACUUUGUUACGGACUAUUUCCACCAGUUUUUCCUGCCCACGAAAGAGUCACCAAUCCUCACCCAGAGGAGAGAGAUACAGCUCCUGCAGCAGUUCCCUCUGAAUGAGACAGACAUACAAAACGAGCAGAUGCUGGCUACGCAGCAUCGGCCUCGCUGUGGAGUAACUGAGGUGGCCAACAGCUCCGUCUUCCCAGGAAGUUCCAAAUGGAAUAAGCACACUCUGACCUAUAGGAUUAUCAAUUACCCAAGAGACAUGAAGCGAGACACAGUGAAAGACAUCAUACUUGAUGCGGUUUCCAUCUGGAGUAACGUGACCUCCUUGAUCUUCCAGGAGGCAAAAAGCCAAGAUGCAGACAUCACGCUUUCUUUCUGGGACUUGGCCCAUGGAGAUGAUUGGCCCUUUGAUGGGCCAGGAGGUAUCCUAGGCCAUGCCUUUUUACCAGAUUCUGAUGCUCCAGGAGUUAUCCACUUUGACAAAGGAGAACACUGGUCAAAUUCAUACAAAGGGUUUAAUCUGUUCCUGGUUGCCAUUCAUGAGCUAGGUCAUUCUCUGGGCCUGAGGCACUCUGGAAGUCAGAACUCUAUCAUGUAUCCUAGCUAUGUGUAUCAUGACCCUAGAACCUUCCACCUUGGUGUUGAUGACAUCCAGAGAAUCCAGCAACUGUAUGGAAAAAGAUGUUCAUCUGAAAUGUCCUAA